AUGACCACAACUACAGAAAUGAAUCCGAGUCCGGUUCCAGAAAAGAUUGAACGAGCUGAUUCUCCAGAAUCUGCUUCUGUGGAAAACUCGGCUCCCAAAGCUGCUGUUGGAUUCGACACUGCUGAUCAAAAACUUCGCGUGAUUACUGCUGACGACAUUGCAGAUGCUGCGGAAAAAGGAGAUCUCGUUGAUGUGGAUGGCCGCAUGUUGACGAUUUUGGAGUUCUGCGACUCCGUCGAGUCGGCUCGCGCUUCAUGCGAGGAGCAUGCCAACGGGAUGAACGGAAUGGGUCUCUCGUCGAUUAGGUACGAGCACGAUGAAGACGACGAUACGACCCAGGAGACGUCGACUUCCGGACUGGAAGAUAAAGACGAUGGAAUGAUUGAAAUGGAAGAUGCUGGAUUGGGGAUUGAUAACCCUGCUGAUGGAAUUGGUGCACUCGAUGCUUCCGCAUUCGGUGGAGUUGCCUUCGGCGUUGUGGCCGAAUUACAACAACAAAUCGAUGAAAUGAAAAACACAAUGAGAGAUGCGAUCGCCAUCACAAUGAAUGACCUCCAGUUCGACAUGGAUCGUCUUCAUCAAAAGCAGGAAAAUCUCGUUCACUUAUAUCAGAAAAUGCUCGGUACUGGGAGAGAUGGACGUCUUAUGGCACCAUUCAGUGAGAAAUACCCAUCCAAGCCAUUUGAUGGUUCUCAUGUCUCUGCUCGUCCGACAGGCAAAAAUCCAGAAGAAAUCAUAAAUACCCACUUUUCGGAUCUUGAGAAGAUGUGGGCUAAUCGGCAGGCUGAAAAUGAGAACUAUGUGAGAAAUGAGCUUCUAUCGAAUCCACUUCUAAUGGGUCCCAGAGCGAAACCAAAGAUCUCCACAACUACUUCCGCCAUCCCAUCGUCCAGCAGCUCUACAUCUAAACGCGUUGUGGAUACAGCUGAGAAUGGAGAACAAGAAUACACUUUUGGAACAAAUGGAACUCAAGGAAAACGAAUUGUGAACGGAAUUGUCAAGUCUGUCGAAAAGCUCAGUUAUCCGUUUAUCACUCGUGAAGAAGAAGAGGAAUGUCUGGAGGCUGCCAAUGGUCAGGCACCAAUCUAUGCUCAGCUGCUUGCCAAGCUUCUCUUCGUUGACACCAUCAUGAUGUACUUCAAAGAUCAGGAUACUGCAAAGAGAAACUGGCUUCAUGAUGCUGUUGACUAUCGUUUCCCAACUCUCGACAAACCAACUCAUGUUUCGAAAUGGAAGAAUUGCUCAUUCUUCAUCAACAAAAACAUGCGAGAGGCUGUCAUUGCAAGUGGAAGUUCCAUGCCAAGAGCUCCAUGCGGACCACGUGGACCGAUCGGACCAAAAGACAAGUUCAAGAAUGACCAAAAAGGCAGUGAAGACGUUUCAACGAAUGAAGAGGAAGAGGAAGACGUCGCAGUUGUUCGUACUCCAAAACCAAAACAAACUGCCCGUGUCAAUCGAGAAUCCUCUUUAGAAGGAAUCGACUGGGAAUACUUGGAUUCUGAUUACGAGAAAGAGUGCUAUGAGGAAUGUCGCGGAGAUCAGUACAAGUACGCCGAGUUGAUGGCUCUCCGUCUCUUCAGUACCAGCUUGACAAUCAAGUUCAAAGAGCAGGAUCAAGUGAGAAAGGAAUGGCUUCGUGCUUGUGUCGAGGCAAGAUUCCCAAUUGAAGAUCGAGAGCGAAACGAUCAGCGAUGGAAGAUUUGUGGUCAAACGUGUAAUCGCAACAGAACUAAAGUUGUGGGCGCAGACGGCCGCGAGGAGAGAUACCCGUACUUUGAUCAAUCAAUUGAAGAAGAAUGCUUCCGCCAAAGUGAUGGGCAGCCAUCGUUGUACGCUGAACUGAUGAAUGCUAAACUGUUCCCCACCACACAACACUUGUUCUUCAAAGACCAAGAUCUUGGAAAACGUAAUUGGCUUCAUACCAUCCUUGACAAGAGAUUCCCAUCCACUGAUAAAGUUACCCAAACUUCAAAGUGGAAGGCAUGCACAAAUGCUAUCAACAAGAAGCUCUUCGAUGGAACAGUUACUCCAAUCACAAAAGAAGCUCUAUUUCCAAACGCAUCUCUUAAAGUCGAGUUGGAUGACUCCAAAGUGGCAGUUCCGGAAACACCAGAAGAUACUCCAAGAUCAUCAGUUGCAAGAUUCGAGCGUCGUCGUCUGCCAUCAGAGGCUCCUUCUGUUCCUGGAAGUUUGAAGCGGAAAGCAACCGAAGAUGUGGAAACACCUGUUAUUCCUGCUGCGAAAAGAGAAAGUGUCCGGAAUAAACAAAAGAAGGAGAAGGAAUUGUAUUCAGCAUAUCCGUAUGUUUCCGAAGAAGAAGAGGUUGCGAUUCUGGAAUCUGCAAAUGGAAAUCCACAAGUUUAUGGUAGAGAGUUGGGAAGAAUCUUGUUCGCCGAUACAAUCAAAAAUUACUUCAAGUUUCUCUUUUUUAAGGACCAAGACCCCGAUAAACGCCAAUGGAUCCAUGAAAUUCUCGACUUCCGCUUCCCUUCAAAGAAUCAAUUGGAGAGCAAGCAAAAAUGGAAAAAUGUGACUGCAGCCAUCAAUAGGAACAUGACAACGGCCGUGGUUUCCCGUCGUUCUCUGCCCCGUUAA